AUGAAGGCUAGCAUACAUCAGAAUUCAAAAGUUGCAAUGAGCGUAGGAGAUUUUAAUGUAAACAAUAAUGACCUUGAUAGAAUAGAAAAAUUAACAAGUUUUAGAAUUACUUAGAAACUUUGUUCUAGAUUACUCAAAUAUUGAAUUGUUUUAAAGUUUAAUACUAGAAGAUGGUAAUCCUGAAACCACGUUUGUUCUUUAUUCAAUCAUCUAAAAAUCUCUGAUAAACGGAGAUCAUUUUACGAAUUUUCCUCAUCAGAAUGUGAACACUGAAUACUUUUAUAAUGAGUAUGAUCAUCGAUUAAAUAUUACAGAAAUGUGCACAAAGCAUAUUGAAAUUGCUCUAAUUUAUUUACAAUAAUCACACAACCAUCCAAAUUACGUUUAUAACUAAGUAAUAUUUACAAUUGCUCUUUUAUUGAGGAAAAAUUGGGCUGAUAUUUUGAAGAUUGAAGAUAUCAUAAGUUCGAUUAUAAACAGCACGUUAUCAAUGAAUAAAAUAGUCUUUUUUAAAAUAUUUGAAAACAUAAUCAGCUGCAUUAGACAAUAUUCAUAUGCUAGUGGAUAUAUUGAAUUUAGGAAAAUCCUCAAUAAUUUUUAAACGUACUUCUAAUAUCUUAAUUUAGAUUAUCCUUAUAGAGAAUAUUAAAAGUGAUUCACUUAUAAAUUUAGUAAUUGUAAGGUGAAUCUUUAAUUAAGUUAUAUGGAUAAAAUAAAGUAAUGGUUGAAUCUUUUAUCAACUUGUUAUAUUAGUUGAUGAACUUGAAUUUUAAUUUGAGCUAUUAUGAAAUUGAUAUAGAUGAUGAAGGAAAGGAUUCCUAAUUAACUAAUGUAUAUAAGCAAUUUUAAUUCUUAGUUUCCAGACUAUUAUUUGGAUUUGAUUAUUGACCCUAUAUUUUUGAAAGAGCUAUUUCAAGACACAAUUGGGUUCAUAAACAUUGAUCAAAAUCUAGCUCUGCUUUGUAUAGGUAUGCUUUAAAGAAUUGCCUGUGUAAGAUUGUCUAUAUUUCACAAUAAGAAAUGCAAGGGAGGAUUCAGAAGAGUAAUGUGGGAAGGAUUACUCUAUUUAUAUUAAAAUCAAGAUCAAUUUAUUAAAUAAGUAGAGUUUUCCUCUGAAAUACACUCAUUAGCUGUAAGAAUCAUUAAUAAUCUGACAUUGAGAAAAAUAGCAAAAUUUUAGAUUAUUUUUGAUAAUUUUUUCUAGUUGAUUUAAUAAGUCUACUAAAAGACAGUUCAAUUAUAUGGAGUAAAAAUAAUGGCAAAUAGUCCUAUAGUAAAAUUACAGGAACUUUGGAAUUAAAUUGGGUAUUAGGGCUCAUUGCAUUUACCUUCUCAUGAUGGAUUAAAUGUACAAAUAAAUUAAGCGAUGCAAAAUCAGUUAAUAAUUGUGUUGAAGACAUUUUUUUAAUAAAAUCAAUUUACAGAAAUCUCAUAAGAAUGUAGUGUCAAAAAGUUUAAGAAAUUAUUGGAUUUAACAUUCAUGCCCUUUCAUUGUCUAUUUAAAUCCCGCAUUUAAGAUAAUAUUACCCUCAUUUUACAGAUGAUUGAGUAAUUAAGAGGAGAUAAUGAAUGUAUAAAGAAAUUAAUAAAUGAUUAGAUUAAAGUGCAGCCGUUAUAUGUUUGACUACUGUAUUUUUAUUGCAUACAUCAAGCACUGAGUAUUUAAAUUUGGGAUUUGAAUGCUAUAGUUUUGGAUAGAAGGAAGAGCCAAAGCCUAAUCUUGAUGGAUAGGCUUACAUCUUAAAAUUUAUAGUGGAACUUAUAAUGAAUUCAUAAGUGCAAAAGAAUACAAGAAUACUAAAAAUGACAAUUCUGUCGUUCAUAGAAAGCUUUAUUACUACAACAAUUGAUUCAUUCUGUUAUGAAUAAGAAACAAAACAAUUUAAGAAUCUGUCUUAAUUAUAUUCCUAAUUGAUACGAGCAGAUUAGAGAUACCAUAAUUAUUUAUUGGUUUUGGAGACUAUGCUUGAAGAAUGGUAUAAAAUAUUCAUGUAUUUUAGUUUCUAAGUAUUUACGUACGGUGAUCCUUUCUUGAUAGAAUUCAGUCUUAAAUUAAUUGAAUAUAUUUACUAAAAAGUGAAAAAGUACAUUCCCAGAAAAGUAUUUAAGGCUUGCAGCAUCACAGAUAUGCUGAAGUAAUUCUUCUUAUAAUUAAACAUCACUUGUUUGAAUACUCCUCAGUACAUUAAGAAAAGAGCUUUGGUCUUUAAAAUAAUUACCAUAGUUUGGGUAGAUGAUUGCUCUGACGAUUAUGUCAGUGCUCUUGUUGAUAUCUACAAUCAAAUAAAAUAAAACAUUGUAAAUGAGAUUAAUAAAGUCAAUAUACUAAAGUAUGUUUGGGACCUUAUUGGAAUAGCUUCAGAAAUAGAUGUCGACAAUAUUUAUAGAACAUUCUUAAGAAUAAUGUAUUUAAUAAUAUGAACCAAUUAGAUACCCAGAUUUAGUUAAAUUAUUGACACCAGAAAACAUUGAGUUGUUUGCUAAAGACUAUGAUUCUUCCAUUGCCAUCAUCACAUUAUUCAAAGCCAUCUUCUACAAUAAGUACUAGUUUUCAUCAAUUACAUUAGAAACACUCGAUUGUCAACAGAAAAUAUUUAAUUGAUAUUGUAUUAAAUUUAUGGGAAAGCCAUGAAAUUCUUUAUCAUUUUAAUUUAAUAGUAGAUUCAAACUGCGAAAACUCAGUAAAAGUUGUCAGAUUUGUAAUUGAAGUAAGUAUCAAAACUCUUGGCUCUUAUGAGUCAGAUAUCAGGAUAGAAGAAAAUUAAUCAAGGAUUUUUCAUUAUCUACAAUGAUUAAUCUUUUAUGGACCUUUUUAAUUCAUAGAUAUAACUUAUCUUGAUUUAUAGACCAUUGCUCUAGCAUAUUCCAAAAUAUAAAAAGUUGCUAUAUGAAUGUUUUGAUUGCAUAUGUUAAGACCAUUCAGAAACUUUGGCUUACAAGUGUGAGUUGAGUUCCUAUCUUGAUAUCUUCCUAAUUUGUAAGGAUACUUUAAAUGAUAUUAUCUAUGAUAACUAAGGAGAAGAUACUAUCAAUGAGAAUUGUGCAACACUUAUUUUAAUUGGAACUCUAUUGAGCAAUAUAGCAACAUUUUUAGUUUAAGAAGCUUCGGUGGGAGAUAUAAAUGAUUUGCAAACAAUUAAAAAUAAAAUAAAUACCAUCAAUACAUAGGGAAAAUAACUACUAUAUGAAAUCUUUAAUUUGAGUUGUUAAAUCACUUUACUAUAUCCAAAAAACUCAAAAAUGAUAUUUGCAAUCCCAGAAAUUCUAUAUGCCAUCUCUAUUCUUAAUCCAUCUGAUGUAUUUAUAAUCUAAAAUCUUAGUUUGAGACCCUGCUUGUCACAUUGGUAACCAAUCAAAUAGGAGUCAUCUCAAACCCAAUAAUUGAUCAAAUCAGUUUAGCAUUUAAGAAUCUCGAAGGAGAGUUAUAAAUUUCAAAUAAAGAAGAUUUUGUAAGAAGAAUUAAAAUAGUCUUAGAAAUGUAUAAAUGA